AUGUCAACCGAAGAACUGAACGAACAAAGUGCUGUACAGGACGAAGGUUCAAAGUUAGAAAAAAAUGAGUUAUCAAAGGAAGACAAAAACAAGGGUGAUGAAAAUAAUGAAAAUGUCCAAAAACGAUUCGAAGCCCUAAAUAAUACUAUCGAAAAUAUGAAUAUGCAUUUUAAUACCAUACUAAAGGAUAACGAAGAGAAAUAUAUAUUGGCAUUCAACACAUAUAUGUACGAUGUUCAGAAAGAAAUACGAGUUUUGAAAAAAAUUGUCAAGGAAGAAAAAAUAAGAGAAUUAAAAGAUGAAAAGGUGAAAAAACUACAAAAGGAACUUAAAUGGUAUAUAAACGAAUGCUUAAGGUUGGACAACGUUUCUCAGUUUUUGAAAAAGGAAGCUGAAAAGUGGAAGAGGAAUAGCGAACUUAUGAAAAAUCACAUGUUGUUUUUGGAAAAAAAAUUAGCCAAAAUGUAUGAUAAGGUGAUUCUAAAGGAGAUGGUAAAGAACGAGGAAGGUGGAGAGGUCAAAGUGGGAAAAAUGGAUGAAAAUUAUAUACAUGAAAAGGAAGAAAGUAAGAAGGGUAAGUUUUACGGAAAUGUAGGAAAAAAACAGAGAAGAAAUAAUGCCCGCCAUAAUGCUCAGAAAAGAGGGGAAGCUGAGGACCAAUGUGAAUGCGGAAAUAUUGAGAACAAAACGAAACAAAAAUCCAAAAGAGAAGAUAACAUGAAUAAAGAAUUAAAUUACAAGGUAAUGAAUUUGGAAAAGAAAUUAAAGAAACAAAUAAAUAUAAAUUGUACUUUACAGGAAAAGCUGACAAGGCAUUAUAUUGAAAAAUCGCAAUAUGAAAAAUUAUUUAUUGAAUGUGCUCAUCAAAUAAAAAAAGACUUGGGGAAAUUAACGAUGAGUAAUGAUAAGGAGAAAUACGUAGAAGAAAAUUUCUUGCCAUUAAUAAAUGGUUCCGAAUUAAGCUACUUUACCAAAGAGGAGAAAAAAAAAUUAUUAGUAUCCUUUUUUGCUUCAAAUGAUUUAAUUCAAUUUGUGAAGAAAAACGUUUUCUGUAAAGAAAGACCGUCAAUGAAUUUGCAACCAACAAAUAGCUACCCCAGAAUAGGCAUGAGAUAUCAGAAAAAAUGCGACAUUUCGCCGUUUAUUUUGUAA